AUGUCGGAUAGCUCACAACAAGAGUCCGAGAAGAAAGUCGCAGAACAGUUCCAUGCCGCACCUGGAACAGAAAUACUGUUCGAUGGUAGCGACAAUGGAAGCAUUUCUGAGCGGCUUCACCAGUUGAAGCAUCGUGAAACAGGCGAUGGCCGCAUGUUAUUGGUCCCGCAACCUUCGAUCAACGAUCCGAAUGACCCUUUGAGCUGGUCUACUACGAAAAAAAGCUUGACUUUCUUCAACGGCUGUUGGUUUGCGUUUAUGGGCGCUAUUACAGGUCCUAUCAUGGCAGCUGGUAUGAUGCAACUGUCCACCACCUUCGGCAAGACCCUCCAGGAAUUGACCUAUGCGAACGGAGCUUGUUUGAUCAACCAGGGUGUAUGGAAUUGUGUCUGGAUGCCAUUUGCCGUCAAGUAUGGCCGCCGUCCUGUCUACAUCUUCUCGAACUUGCUUAUGGCCAUCGCCUGUAUCUGGCUGGCCAUUGCAUCCAACAAAACCUAUACUGUUUUCCUGGUUGGGCGUGCUUUCCUGGGCGCAUUCCAGGCGCCCAUCGAGUCAAUUGUCCCGUCCACAGUGACUGAUAUGUUCUUCCUGCAUAACCGCGGAGAGCUCAUUGCCAUCUACGGACUGUCUGUCCUGGGAGGUAAUGAGCUGGGCCCAAUGUUCUCUGGGUUCAUCGUGCAGGCACUUGGAAUGGACUGGGCAUUCUGGAUUGUGACCAUGUUUGUUGGUGCCAGUUUGAUCUCCAUGUUCUUCUUCAUGCCAGAGACCAAGUUCGACGGACCCCGCCCAGAUCCAUUCCAGACAACCACGGUCAAUGCGGAUAAAGACCAGGUGUUAGUUCAGGAAUCGAUUGCAGUUCCCAAAAAGUCUUUUGUGCAAGAACUCAAGUUCUGGGACAGCGGAGACCCGAAUGUGAAUCUCCUCCACGUCUUCCUGCGUCCAUUCGUGCUUGUGGCCUAUCCUACCGUCCUCUGGUCGUGCUGUAUUUAUGGAAUGGCUCUUAGCUGGAAUGUGAUCCUUGGAGCCUCGGUGGCACAGCUCUUUGCACCACCUCCCUACGGAUUCAAUUCCAACGGCCAGGGUCUCUUCUUCCUGUCGCCCUUUGUUGGCUCUAUUUUCGGUGUCUAUUUCUCCGGUCCGGGAGGCGAUUGGAUUGCCACCUUUUUCACCAAGCGCAAUAACGGUAUUCGCGAGCCCGAGAUGCGGCUACCGACCUGCCUAUUGGCGGCAUUUUUCACAUUCUUCGGUGCACUCUGGUUUGGACUUUCGUAUGAGCACCAAAUGCACUGGGCAAUGCCUGUUGUGGGGGCCGGUAUUCUGUCGGUAGGAAGUCAAAUGGGAACCACGCUUGGCAUGAACUACGCCUUGGAUUGUCACAAAGAGCUUUCCGUUGAGAUCAUGGUCACUAUUGCUGCUUUAAAGAGUUGCAUCGCGUGGAUUUGGACGUGGGUGAUCAACGACUUUAUCACUUCCAGUGGUGUUUUGAGUGUCUUCAUGACAGUUGCGGCUAUCAAUGUCGCGGUCUACUUGAUCUGUAUCCCAUUCUAUCUCAAGGGCAAGGAGAUCCGAAUUUGGUUACACCGGAAAGAUCUUCUCCGGGCUGCUGGUAUUAUCUAG